AAGCAUGCGGUUGAAAAAUUCCCGUGAACUUGCUUGUAAAUAACGAACUACCAGUCAACGAGUGAUCUUGGUAUGAAGCAGACAUGUUUCUCAAAUUCGUGACAUUUCUAAUAACCGCUGCAGUUAUCUGCGAUGAAUCCACUGGAAGUCAGUCCAGCUCCGGGAUCGGCAAGCACCAUCAGAUCGUCCACUUGCUGCGGAAUGAACGAAUGGCGCUUGGUGCCGGUGGCUCCAUCCCAGUACGAGAUCAUUCAUCACCAAUCGAACGAACCGCUCUGCCCCGUCCGAGAUAAUCUGGCGUUUGAUAAAGACCGUCGUAGCAUUGUUACGUGGAUUCCCGGACCGUCUACGAUGCGAUGCUUCUGGGAGAUCAAACUACACUCCAGAGGAUACUAUUUGCUAUCGAGCGUGGAGUAUGGCGAGUAUUUGUACGCGGCCGAGUGGGGCGAAUAUAAAGAACGGGUCUGGACAUGGAGGAAGCAGGACGAACCACGGGAGAAGCACUAUCACUGGGAUAUCGUUAACGUCAAUUACUGUGUGCCGGACGGUGGUGGAGGAAUAUCGAUGUUUAAGUGAUAGGAAAUAAACGGAAGCUUCGUUUCGCGUAUGUGCUUCUGCUUUGGAUAAACUGGAAAAGCAAAACCUCCGGAUACGAUCUUGUUAAGAGUAACAAUAAAAUUGAAAACCGACGCCGUGUUGAUGCUCUGUGUGUUUCUG